AUGGCGCUCGCAGAAAUCGUGAGCAGAAUGGUGUCGCAGGAGGCAGUCCCUCUGACAUCGCGAGAGGCAGCUUCAGGCUUGCUAGGCUCGGUGUCGAUGACCUGCUGGAUUUUUUUGCUGGUCCCGCAAUUGAUCGAAAAUUACCGCAAUGGCAAUGCAGAGGCGAUCUCCUUGUUGUUUGUCUUUGUCUGGUUCAUCGGCGAUAUUGCGAAUCUGCUCGGUGGCGUACUAGCAGGUCUGGUCCCCGUCAUCGUCGCGAUCGCAGUGUAUUUCUGUAUCGCCGAUGGCGUCCUUAUUGCCCAAUGUGUUUACUACAAAGCGCGCAAUGCGCGCCGCGAUAGCCUUCUCCGACGCCGGCGCUCGUCCACCGAGACCGCAGACCCCACGACCCCACUGCUUGGUCGCCGAUUUAGUGAUGCGGUGUCGCCUCACACCCGACGCAGGUCUUCGGGCUCGAUGCGCGGCCACCCGGGAGUCGGUCGGCACGAGAGCCAGGCCGAAGAUCCACUGGCCAAGAUUGUUGAGGAGAAUGAGUUUGGACGCAAGGCAUGGGUCAAGAACGUGAUCAGUGUACUUGGUAUCUUUGUGGUCGGCAUGAUCGGUUGGACAAUUGCUUGGCGAACGGGCAUGUGGGCGCCAGCUCCCAUGGAGAACACCAAGCCCGUCGACAUGGCCACCAGCGGUGCCGUGCUGGGAUACUUCAGCGCAGUCUGCUAUCUCGGAGCGAGAUUACCCCAGAUCUACAAGAACUAUCGAGACCAGUCGUGCGAAGGCCUUUCACUUCUCUUCUUCAUCCUGUCUCUCCUGGGUAACCUCACCUACGGCGCCGGAAUCCUCUGCCAUUCAACCGAGCGCGAGUACGUGAUCACCAACCUGCCCUGGCUCAUUGGCUCAUUGGGUACCAUGGCCGAGGAUGUCGCCAUUUUCAUCCAGUUCCGCAUGUACGCGGUCCAGGACUCUGAAGCGAUGAUCACUUCAUGA